CAAAAAUCAAUCCCUCCCCUCUGCUCCGCUGCUCCCCCGAUGGAUCCCAAGGCGGCGGCGAGGUCGAAGCGCUCGCACACGGUGCACGGCCGCCGGACCCACCAGACCCCCGCGGCGGCCGCGGCGCACAAGCAGAAGCGCGCGGCCGCCGCCGGCGGAGGCGGCGGCGGCUCCUCCUCUUCCUCCGCCCCUCGCAGCCGCAACCUCCCCUCCAACUGGGACCGCUUCGAGGAAGAACCCGAGGCCGACGACGCCGCGGAAUGGGCCGGCGAGGUGGCGCCGCGCAGCAAGGGCGCUGACUUCGCCUUCCUGCUCGAGCAGGCGCGGGCCCAGCCCCUCGAGGAGCGGGGCCUCGGCGCGGCCAGCCGGCUCGCCUCCCAGGACUCCCCAUUUGAUUUUAUGCAGGCUUCUACAUCUAUGCUUGAGGCUAAAGGGGAAGGGAUCAUGUCCUGGUUUGAAGACGAUAAUUUCAUAUUAGAGGAUGAUUUAGCACCAGAUUUUGAGGUGCCUUUUCUCUCCAUGGAUCUCCAUGCAUUGGCCACCAAACUCUCAAAGAUUAAGCUCUCCCAGAGACUUUUUAUGGAAGAAGAUCUACUACCCGAGGAUAUGGCUGUUGCUUCUGAAGACGAAGAUGAUGAAAUACUGAUUCAACUGGGCACAACAUUGGAGUCUGAUGCUAAAGGCAGUUUGGUUCAACAUAACUUCAGGGACAUAAAGCCUGGGAAAGAUGCUGUUAGUCCUGAGCAUGCCAGCAACAUUCAUUCCGAUGACCCAAUGAAAACACAUCAUCAGUCGGAAUGUUUUGCAGAAGAAGAAGCUACAACAUCAUUCAAAGUUAUUCCUCGACCUAUGCAUUCAGACACUGAAGCCUACGCAGGAAUCACAGGUGCUGUUCCAAAUGCAGGCCACAGAGAACAGUCGAAGCUUGGGAUGGUUGCUCCAGAGGAAGAGCUCGAUAUGCUUCUUAAUUCACUCGAUGGAACUCACCUUUCUAGCUCCAACUUAGAUGAGUCGUUUGGAAGUAGUUCUGCUUUGGUAGGUAUGAAGAUCAACGAGUCAAAUGAGAAAGUCACGUCUAGCAGCACAACGUCCAAAUCGCCGGCACUUUCUCCUGUUGAUGACGAUCUAGAUGCCUUGCUUUCAGAGACAUCCUUGCCUGUGCAGAAUAAAGGUUCUGCUGCAUCAAGUUUAUCUUCUCGACCAACUUUUGACUCCAAAAGCAACAUUGACUUCAGAUAUGCCAAGCAAAUAGAUGUAACAUCUAUCGAUGAUUCGGUGGAUGAUUUGCUUGCCGACACCCCUUUCUGCCUGAGUGAGAAGAAACAAGCUACACCUGUACAGGGGGAACAGAACAUCUCGAAUGCCAACGCGCCUCCACCUUCUGGUUCCUCGAAUGUAUCAGCUGACUUUGAUUCGUGGUUUGACUCACUGUAGAAGUAGAAGAAACACUUUCAAUGGUGAAGAGGUGCGAGCUGGCUUCAGGCCUGCUGUGCUUUUGUUCAGUUCAUGAAACUAAGUAGCAAACUUUUUUGGAAAGCUGUCUUCAGAAGCUCCCAUAUACCUGUCAAUGUGGAGGUCCAUGAAAAUGCGGAAAUGGAUACCCAUGCGCUUCACUCGCCGGCUUGUGUCAGUUCGGUGCUAGGCCUGUGUUAUGUUGCACUAUUGCCAUACUGAUCAGGAGUCCAGAAGGCUGACUGCUGUUAAACCUAGUUGUCGAUAUGUACCUUGGUGAAGUGUACUUGGUCACAUCUUUGUAGUACGUUACAUCCUUACUUCGUUGAUUUUCCUAGGGAAACAGAGUAAUGCAAACAGUUCAGUCUUCCUGUUUUGGUCCCCUGUAUGUGCUUUUCUGUCCCCAAAUUACAUUUCUUCUGUGGAAAUAUCAAUAGUAGCAAGUUUGCUGGGUUUGAUCA